UCAAUAGUCUGGCGAUCCACUAUAUCACUUUCACUCAGCAACGCCACAUAUUGCACCCUUCAGUUUCGACUGGAUUUUCUUGGAAUCUGAGAUUAAUACAUGUAACAGCAUACAUGUACCUUCUGCCAAAUAACCAAUGGGUUUGAAGUGGAGCUAAUCGAGGCAGCAGCAGAGACUGACUCGGCCCUCUGGACAUGCGCAGUGAACACCACGUGGUAUCGUAGGCAUAGCUCCCUCAUUUCUGGUUUCAACCACCCAGCACCUCUCUGGAAUAUAGUACUUGCUCUCCCAUUUGUAUAGUUGAAGAUAUCAUUAUGUCAAGCUACCGUGACUAUGACGACGAUCCUUACCCCCGAGACUCGUACCCUCGCAAGCGCACUCUUGCUCAAGAUGUCUUUCGAGAUGAGUUUUCUGCUCGAGAGCGUGUGUACAGAAAUGAGCUGCGUCCGGGACCACCUCCUCCAGGCCCUGGCGAUUCUUACUAUCGACGGAUGGAUGAACGAGAUGCGAGGGAGUUAAUUGGGCGUGGACCUCCAUUUGGAGAACCUGCUUUCGAACCUCCACUCUUAUCACCUAAAGAUUCCCUGCUUCCACUAGAUCAUCCUUUACCAUUUGAAGAACUCCUACCUCCUGGGGGGGAAAGACUGGGCCAUGAAGGAAGGAGGUUUGGAUCUGUUAUUGUGUUCCCCCCUAAAGUGCCGAGAUUUCCAGUUGAUUUGAACGAGCCACCAUCCCGCACGCUGUAUGUAGGGACUCUUCCUCGUAACACUACCAAACACCACCUUGAAGACUUAUUCUCACCGUUUGGACAAAUUGAGUACAUCCAUCUCAACAAUAAGUUUGCCCACAUUCAAUUCGAACUCAGGGACAAGAAUGGUCUCAUGAGAGCACUAGACUUGGAUGGCAGCUACAUCAAUGUCGGUCCUUCCAACAGCCCUGAAGAUUACGGUCCAAUUGUUGUUCAAUUCUCUGUUCGCAAGCAAGAUUCUGAAAGCGAAUCGUCUCAAGAGCAUAGGCCUAUAGAGUUAAUGAGGUACACUGGAAUAAAUGCUGCUAACCUUGCUAGUAGUCUGUACAAAAAGUCAAAAUUUUUGGUUGCUGCUAAAAGCUUGAAGAGUUGGUUUGAUCAAGGACAAUGCUCGAGCGCUUCUGCGAACACAUUCUACACCCUUCUGACCAGCACCAAUACAUGCACACGAAGAGCCAAGAAGACAUUGAAGGACAAAGGAGAAGAGUUGAAGUCUACACUGUGGAAGCACAAGAAGGAACUGGACGACAUGAAGAAUGACUGUCAAGCCCUGGUCGAAAUAUUCCAGGCUGCUUUUCAGCAGAGGUCGUGGGAUCGUUUCUCCAAACCCCAGAGAAAAAUGAUUACGCAAUGGUCAGAAAGUGCCACUGAACUUAUGAAAGAGGUUGAAGCUACCAGUAACAACCUCACCGCUGAUGGUCAACCACUCACUAAGAGGGGUAAGACUGGAUCUGGACAUAGUGCAGAGGUGGAUUCAUUGCGGAGACAGGUGAAUCAGUUGAGGGCAGAGAAAAAAGUGGCCAUUCAAGGCAGAGAUCAACAGAUACAAAACUUGAAGAGUACUCUAACAGUGUUCAAAGAGGAUUGUCCCUCAGAGUGGGAGAGAAUUGCUGAAGGAAAAGAUUUCCUCCAAGACUGGAACGACGAGACCUCCUCUACCGGUAGCGUACACGAUGAGGACAGUGAUCUGGAAGAUGCUCCUCUUGAGAUUAUUGAAGAAUUCAUCGUAGAUGUAUCACCCACCCCCACGGUACCCGGCAACGACAUGGACAUUGAGGACCAAGAAGCAAAGGAUGAAAGAGCUCCAUCACUAGCAGCUGCCGCCGCUGCCUAUGCUCAGAUCCGUUCAUCCAUUGGCUCCAGUGAGCAUCAAGGACUAUCCGAGCCUGAAGUGGCUAUUGUCUCUGUAAUGUCUGCCUUUCUGUCGGUACAUCCCCUGGGGGCAUCCAUUGAGGAGAUUACUGCGUACUUCCAAGGCUUCAACCCCUCCUACAAUAGUCACUAUCUCGAGUCCCUGUUGCGAAGGUUGUCAAAAGUAUUUCAAAUCACUGCAGGUGGUGCCGGAGACUUGCCGAGGAAAUGGUGGUUCCUGGGGUUUCAGACAUGUUACACUGCCGUGGGGAACCCAAAAACAGCUGCUGCAGCUACUGAAACUGAGGACCACACAUCUGAUUCUUAAAAUAGGAAGAAUUAUUAUACAAGAAUUAUUGUCAUAAUAUUCUUGUAGAUUUCAUGUCCGUCAUAAAAAAUUGAUUGUUAAAUUUUUGCUAUGAUGAUCACACAAGAACACGAUAUUAAACAUUGUCAAUGAAUUCUAA